UGUUAAGAUUUGCAGCUUCGUUUCAAUAAGUAACAAUAAGAUCGGCAAAUUUCAUGGCAUUUUGAAAAAAGAAAGAGAUACAAAGCUUCCAGUAUUCAAAUUGAAAAGUAGAGGCGCGCAAAUUUAGUUCAGUUAGUGGAAUCGCGACUUUUUAGCCCGUGCAUCUCGUUCAGAAAAUUCAAGAGUUGUUUCUGUGCUAGGUAUAUGAAACCACACGCUCCAGUGAUUUUGUAGAAAAGUACUUGGAAACUUUUUCAUCGGUGAACCCUUCGGCGAUGGGUUGCAUACUUUCCUAGGGUUCUCUAAAACAAAAAAUAAUGUUUUCACUUUAAAACUCACUAGUUUUUUUUUUACUAAAAUCCGCGGAUACAUAUACUGGUCUGAUGUUUCUUCAAAUUAAAAAAAAAAUGAAAUCAAGUAAUAAGAAAAUUCAUUCAUGGGAAAACUCCUCAAGCGGGUCAUACAAAGUUCUUUCGCCUGAACAAGGCAUUAGUAGCUACUUAUUAUGCCUUUCUUGGAUUCGAAAUUCACGUUGCGGGUAAAUCUUCACUUACUUAGAAAUGGAUUCACCUUUCUUGUUUCUUAUGAAUAUAUUGUGUAGUUGCCAACUUUAAGCUCAGUGCUCUUGGUACCAUCGGCUUUUCCCUGUGCAAAGUGUCUGUGGACGCUAAGCUCGUGGGCUGACUGUAGCCUUGUUAAACCAUGAGCGGUAGAUUUGUUUCAACAUCUCUAAACUCCAACAUUGUCAGAAAUGCUCAAAAUCUAUGAUUCAAUGAGGCUACGGACGCUGGCUGGCUUGUGGGCAAACUACAGAGCACAAUUCGCAAGAGUAGUGACAACGUCGGUUAAUCAGCCGGUAACAAGGAUAUGCUUUUACAAUGUUGAGUUCAAACGGUAAACGUUUUUUCUGUUUGUGUUUUUUUUAUGGAAAAAAAUACGAAAUGUUAAUCGCAAUGAACGAGUCGAACUGAAACGUACGAUUUUAGCUUUCUUUUUAGAGCCAAAUAACAAAUCGACAUGGUACGUUUUCCUGAAAUGAUGUUUGAUUUUGACAAGCUAGUUUGUCAGAUGCAACAUGCUGAAUUCGAAUUUAUCACUCGAAUAACAACUGUCUACAAAUGUACUCACUCUUAAAAAAUAAGCAGUUAAGAUUGUUUUUUAAUUAACAAUGUCAGACUUUUUUAAACCUUUUUGAAGACUGGUGAAAUUUUCUGACGAAAGAGAAGUUUAAAUCAAAGAGUCCAAGAAAAAAACUACUUGAUUCCAACUCCUGCUGCAAAUUUGAUACUUGCUUCAACAAAAAGUUGACAAAUGCGCAAUCAUAAACAUAAAUAAAUAUUUGGAGCACUUGAAAUACGUGUAGGCAAUCAGCUGUACAAACGGUCGUCCUGCGGAGAGGCAUUACGUGGCCCCUGGUCGGACCACAGCGGUCAAAGAUGACUGGUAUGCUAGUGUUAUUUCUCGAGCUUAUUUGUAAUUGGGAUAUCAAAACCACAUUUGCUAUGUCGACGAUACAAAUCACCGAAUUACUAAUGUUUAAGGCUUUGUGAGAAGAAUAAUACACCAAUAAAUGAGAAAUUCUUUCGUACUUAUCUUAUAAAGAUGUCACAGCGUGAUGGCGCUAAGAGAGUAUCUGUAUUUUUCUCUUGUCCGAAAUUUCCACAUAAAUCAUAUUCACAGUAGGCGCGCGGUGUCUUGCAGGGCAACGUGCACAAGGGCCUAUCGGCAUUAAUGCAUGCACCCAGCGCAUACUCAGUGUGUUCUAUUUUCGUCCGCGGUAGUUAGGUGAUAACGUUUUCCGCAGUCUAAAAGGAGGAGAGAAUUUGACGUCAGAGCUCACCGGCCCCUGGAGUGUUCGGAUGACGUAGGCGGGGGCAACGGUUUUAUAGCUUGGCGCGACGACCUGCACAAUGAUCAUAUAAGCGGCGAAGGAAUUAGCCAAGGAACCGGCCGCGGCAGUGCAAAGCGAUCACACUCAGUAAGGUCGCUACGGGAACCGUGGUUAACAUUUUGUACUUCCUAAUUGGAAUCCAAUUUGUAAAUGAUAACUACGCUUUUUUAAAAUCUUAUUUAGUCACUGGAGUUUACGUUGCUCUUUGAAGCGGUUCCGCUAAUGCCUGCGAGAGUUUGAUGUUUCAUUUGUUUCUACUUCCGGGACGCGCAGUUUAUAUUUUCGAUCUCGAAAAUCAUCAUCUUUACCUCACCAAGGUAAAGAGUCAUUCAACUGGAGAAUUUAAAAUUUUCAAUAACUAUUCUUGUGACGUCAAAAAGCAUUUCCUGUAAAGAAAAAUCUCAAAUAACCAAAAGUAAUGGACCCUUGCAGUGUUUGUCACUGCACAGUCUAGCGCUGAACAAUACCAGUUCGGCCGAUUGCCCGCGAAUACAAAUUUGUGCACGGUGCAGUUCCGGAAAUCGAGUUUAUGUUGACGCGUACUAUGCGUUUCUAUUGUUGUUCGUGACCUGAUUUAUACAGCAGUUGUACCCUCGUUCAUGUAUAGCAACAGCAAAUUAAAAAUAGCUCUACAGUGCAGCCGAGUCGCUCAAGCGAAAACGUUUACAGCCUUGAGUUGCUAAGAAUGGAAGCCGUUUCAGGUGUUCCGAGAAUUAUACAGUGAUGUGUUACACAGCAGGGCACAAGAACAGUUUGAGGCUUAACGAAUGACGUAGGGUGACGUGAUAGCAACUUUUCUCAGAGGGUGCAGGGACUCAAAAUUGACUGACCGAGGUGACAUUUCGACUGAAAUAGAAUUGAUCAAAGCCCCUUUUUGCAAACGCGUUUGAAAUAACAUUGCAAAGAAUCGCGUUUAUUUUUUAGUUCGUUGAAGAAGUGAAGCCUUCCUACCGUAAACUCACACUGAUAUGGCACCAUAUAGACUCGCACCGGAAGAAGGACAUGUUGUCGGUGCCCACCAGACUUUGUGCGGUGUUCAUAGCAGCCGCGAGAAGAACUUGAUUACUAGUAUGAACAUAGAUGCAUAAAUUCCCGUAACGAGUCGCCUGCAUCGAUUAUGUAAUCGCAGGUAUAGGCGCCAACGGAAAGUAAGGCCACUUUCAAUGUGGCUAGGGCCGCUCUAACAGGCGUAUGGCUCAUUGUCGGCCGCAGCCAGUUUGGACACAGCAGCCUAAAAUUCGUGAACUGUACACGCGCGACUUCAGAAAGCUGGGCGUUUGAAAGAACAGAAAUCCGCAUGAACAUUUUUUCCGUAGCCCAACUCAUGAAAAUUUGAAUCGCCUUCAAAUAUGGCCUAAUGUGGACAGACCUUCACCUCUCUUCGCGUUAUCUUUUCUCAGAAUACUGUAUUUCCUUUUCAAAAACGAAAUCUCUUCUAUUCACAACUUUCACACUGAGCCAUAUACAUGUACUUUAGGUGAACUACCGGUACCGAGCGCGUCCUAGAUCAACAAAUUCCCCCGUCCUUUUUCUGACAAGUGAUCUUCGCUCCGCCCCUCCCUUUGUCCCGCUCUAAUCCAGAAUCGGAAACAGACCCCAGCUGGAGUCUGCGCUGGGGCUAUUUUCGUCAUGGCACCGUGAGUUCCCCGAAUGGAGGAAUUGGAUGGCUGCACUCGACGUCAUCAAAGCUAGAUAUACAUGGCCCUAUCGCUCGCCGGGCCCAGUUUGCUCGCGACUACCACUGGAAUUAUGUCCGUCUCCGAAUGUUGGCUGCGCUACAGGCAGACAGUGCUACGGGCUACUGAACAAUCCUCCACCAGAUUUGACGGGAACAUCCAACGCAGAAUGAUGCUGGUUGGCCCGGCUACGGCGACGACUUACCCGAUGCAUUCACAGGCAGGUCCGUCCAUACUAAACGUGGAUUUCGCCGACAUCUUUGACUAUCUCCAAGAGUCUGCAGAUCCAAGUUCAGACACCCCGUGUACUUGUGGUGUUCAAGUGGACGCGGAGACUAGUCAGGGUCUGUCGAGUCCGCUGAGCCAGACAAGCAGUACCGGAGUACAGGAUUCCCCGCUGCCACAGCCCCAACAAGCUGGUCCUCCACGGACCGCCAUGCCGUCCUACGUUGGCAAGAUAGAGGUGAUGCCCGCUGGAUUUACCCCAUCCGAAGCCGCUUUCCAAGCCACCUACGAGACCGGCAACUUACCUCUGCCCAGUUUUCAGGAGACCUACGGGAAUUUUCUCAGCUUUGCGCUGGACCGAUCACCGUACGGCGAAGACAGUGAAUACGCCUCACUCACACCGCUUGGCGGCACCUCUGCUGACGGAAUGGAAUUUCCAUCUAUGGCCGACGCCAAUCAGAACUUGGCCAACUCCACUAUGUUGCCGGUCACGUCAUCGUAUAAUGCUACCGAAACAGAGACAUACCAUCACCCCCAACAGCAGCAGCACCACUCACAACAACCACAGAAUCAGUACAGCAGUCAUCAGCAGCGAAUCAGCCCCAGGACGUGCUCUGUCAGCUCACCGGUCUAUACAUCAGCUCCACAGCCGGCUACUUUCCAGUACAGCCUUUCCCAAGCCGACACCCAACCGUCCUUCUCCGGUCUAGGCAGUGUCAACUUUCCCCGGGAUCCGAUCCCCCCACAGCCACCGGCCCAGUCCUACAGUGGGUACACCGGCAGUGGGCCGGGCGUGUCAGGCGGUGUUCCGGAGCCUCCCCGCAGCCUGGGUUCCUUCCCAUCCGCCACGCCGCAGGGAUGGGCGAGUGAGCUGGGGAAUGUGGGCGAUGAGUUGGGAAUGCCGCCGCACACCGUGCCCGCGCCGCACCGCUCCGCUGCCGUCAUGCACUCAGAACUUUCCACCCCGCGCUACGAUAACCUGGACAUCAAGCCACUCCCAAUACCGUACCCAUCCGUGUCCAUGGGUGCCAGCAUGAACCCACCACCACCACCGCCGUCCUGUAGCAACCCAGGACAGGCUGCCAUGCACAUGGGAUCGUCACUCCGCGGGAGGAAACCCAACCCAAUCCAGCUACCGAUCUGCACGGAAGCAUCGGCCGGUCUACCCAGCACGAGCCACCACCAUCACCACCACUCCAAGAACUCACCGGGACACGAGGGCAUGCUGUGUGCCGUGUGUGGUGACAGUGCCGCCUGCCAACACUACGGAGUCCGGACCUGUGAGGGCUGCAAAGGGUUUUUCAAGCGUACUGUCCAGAAAAAUGCUAAGUACGUCUGCCUUGCCACGAAAAAUUGCACCGUUGAUAAGCGUCGUCGGAACCGGUGUCAGUACUGCAGGUAUCAGAAAUGCCUCGCCGUCGGAAUGGUCAAAGAAGUGGUUCGAACAGCGAGUUUGAAGGGACGCCGCGGCAGACUGCCAACAAAGCAACGACCCUCCCAUGACGUGUCGCCGCCCUCACCACCUGUUAGUCUCAUCACGGCUCUGGUCAGGGCGCACGUCGAUGCGUCGCCUGCUAAAGCCAAUCUUAACUACGAUCAGUUCCAGUUGCCAGACGUCAGCACCAGCCCGCCCUCUACGACAGACCAGCUGAAGCAGUUCUACGAGAAUUUCUGCUCGUCCAUCGAGGUCCUGCGGGCCUGGGCGCGCAAGGUGCCAGGCUUCAGCGAGCUAUGCGAGGAGGAUCAGGAGCUGCUCUUCCAGUCGUCCUGUCUGGAGCUGUUCGUACUCAAGAUGGCUUACAGACUUAACCAGAAUGACAACCUGGUAAUCUUCUGCAAUGGCAACGCCUUGCAUCCACAGCAGUGUGAGCGAGGCUUUGGGGAAUGGCUCGAAGACAUCCGUGCCUUCUCCAAGGUCCUGUCUACUCUGGAAGUCGAUAUAUCAACGUUUGCCUGCCUCUCUGCUCUAGUCCUGGUAACUGAGCGACAUGGAACGAAAGACCCCGCCAAAGUCAGCCAACUGCAGAACCGCAUCAUUGGCUGUCUCAACGACCACGUGACCUUCAACACCUCCGCGCCCAAUCGGGCAAACUUCCUCUCUCGCAUCCUUCUGCAGUUGCCCGAACUGCGUGUGCUCAGCCAGAAGGGUCUGCAGAGGCUCUACUCGCUCAAGGUAGAGGGCGCUGUCCAAGCUCCCCAACUGGUAGAGAAAAUGUUUCAGCCCAAUUUACCUUACUGAAUUUCGUCCUCACCAAGAAAACUAGUAUUCAUCCAAGUGCUUAAUGUUAUGUAUAAAUAGGUACCUACUUACACACCUACAGACUUGUCAAAGCACACACUCAAAAAUCAAUCCGAUCAAAAGUACUUAAAAUUACAAAACAUUAUGAAGAACUGUCAAAAGAUCUUAGUAUACAUUUUUUUAUAUUUGGCAUCCAGCUGUCGGCAAUCUGUUGUAUUAAUAUUUUUGAGUCAACCAAAAAACAUCAGAUUUGUAAUGAAGCGAAAACUAGCUGUGUAAAUACUAGACGGGAGCGACUCCAUUGAAUGGAAUUCCAAACAUCCAUCGUACUUAUAAUGCUGUGGUCGUUUCAGAAACUGGCUUUUUCGGCAGCUGAGUUGAAACAUUUUUUGGGGGGUGUUUAUUUAUUUGUUGUUUGUUUUUUGUUGAAUUAAGAGAAAAAAAGUGCCUGAAUUACAAAGGCAGGUAUACCUACAGAGAUACAUGUAUAUUUCUGAAUUCCAGAUGAAUGCAAUCUCUGUUUGAUGGAAUUAAAAGUUGUGAUUUUAAGCCUCUUUUCUUAACAACAGUGACAAAUCGAAGCGUUUGGGCCAUUCAGAUGUGAUUAAAGUUUCCAUACCAAAUUUGAACUGUGACAUUAUUAUGCAGCUACUGUGUUAUUAUUUAGGCGAAUGAGCAUGAACUGUGAAGCUCACUGUUUGUUCCCAUACUUUUCAGCCUUUAGAAUUAUUUUACAAUGCAUUUAAACUGACCUACUAAUGCUGCGUUGGCUGAAUUUUUACUGUGUAGUACGUUCGGGAAAAGUAGUGAAGUCAUUACUUGGUACGAAGAUGUAAGGCAAGAAAUGGAUGAUGAAGUUAGCACACGUUCCAAUGUGUCGUCUGACUACCAGUGCUAAAGUGUGGCGAAACACCACAGCUCCUAAACUGCCAAUCGCCGUGUACAAAAAUAUCUUUUCAAACGUAUGACGUCAUGUGCGUCAUUACACCGAUGCCAUCGACUGUAAUUAUGUUUCUAUGAAAAAUGUGUAAAUUGAACUUCACCGAAACUCUUAAUGUCGCACCAAGUGUUAAGCCUAUGUGUGAAGUGUUUUGUCCGCACUGAAACGUAUCUCACCACAUGAAAUUAAAUGUCUAACAUUUUCUAAGUGUUUUUAAAAGAAGUGAAACUGGAAUUAUAGGUUCAUAAUUUAUUCUGUAAAGUGUUGUCAUAAGACUAAAUUACUUACGUAACUUUGGAUAUGGUUUUACCAACGCACCACCAACGAACUAUUUAUCUUGUCAUGUAUUUAAAUAUUCAGAUAUUUCUGCACUGAUUUUGAUACGGCGUUGUCAUAGAAACAUAUAGCUGUGGGUUGUACCCCCUCCAUCCCCUUUUCACUUCACAGGUUUAUUUGGGGUUAUUUUAACUGUCGCGUCUCUGAAGGUGUGUUAUGUGCAAAAUCAGUUGGUUGGCAGUCUUUCAGACAGAAUUAGUUCACAAUAUAUUACAACCCUCUCAUCACCUUGUUCACAACUUAUCCGCACAGUUUCUCGCAGUUAUGCUUACUAUCCGAGCGACUCUUGUUUCAUUGUUUUCACAUUUAUAUUUAAAAACUUGCAACUACAGUAAGCAGGGUGUUAAUUUUGUACAUAUUAAAGAAUUAACAUUAUUUUACAUGUACAUUAUGUAACAUAACGCAGCCAGUACCUUGGCUUGCUCUGUUGGCAAUUUUUUUUAGAAGCAACUGUGACAUUGAUUAUGAAAAUGAUAGGAAUGUUUUGCAAAAUUUGGGUGUUUGUCUGUUCGACGUGGAUGUACAUUCGUUCGAUAGAGUUUCUAUUUACCAAUUAGGGGUAGUUUACGAUCAGACGGUUUGAUGAGAGGGGCACGAACCUCGUUCCUGACGAGUUGAAUUUCGAUGUAUUAUUUUAAAUGUCAUUGUCAUUUUAUACAGUGGAGACGUGAAAACUUAUAGAAGUACGUUGUGGAAGUGUAAAGUAUGAUUUUGGUGUUACGUACCCAGUACCCCCCCCCCCAAAGUACCACCAGUAAUCCUGAACUGAGUUUUAUUUGGAUUCAAUAUCGGUGCUAUCUUGCCAAGUGUAUUUCGUACUUUUUUUUCAUUUCAUUUCGUUGAAAAACAAAACGUAUAUUCGUAUUUUAGACAGAUAGGCGGAUAGUGUGCGAACACGAUCGCCACGUGCUGAUCACUAUCUCCCUUCGGUCGGGUUGUGGUUCGACGGCAAAGUAGUGUUUGUGGGUAUUCGUUUAAAGAUUGUAUUCCCCAUGUGGCCAAGCUAACACCUUCCCCUUUUCAGUGUAACAUGUACUGACUACAAGAGAUUUUAUAUAUAAAUGUUCCUCUAACACUUGAAUAAAACAGAAACGAAAAUGUA